AUGAAUUCUUUAUCACCAACGAAAUUCUCGAUCCCCAUUGAACAAUUACAAUCAAAAUCAAAAUCAAUGAAAAUGGAACAAUCCAGAGAAACUGAAUCAGAUCUUGAUCAAAAUCUUUCAUCUACUAUUAUCAAUGAUGAUGAUGAUGAUGAACAUCAAUUGAAUAUCGAUGAAUCAAGAUCAACCUAUGUCAAAGAUGAAAAUGCGUCCAAUGUUGAUCGAGAUAAUCAAAGUUCCGAUGAUGAACAAGUAAGUGAAUCGAUUUAUUUUCAUUGA